GUAUUAAUCAUUUUCUAUGUGAUCGUCUUUAUCCUCGCUAUGUUUGGCAAUAGUGUUAUUGUUUGCGUUAUCAUCAAGAACUUUCAUCGAAAAUUUCGAACUUCCAUGCAUUUGAUGAUUUUUAAUUUAGCCAUAACUCAUCUACUAUUAACAGGUCUUAGUUUACCCAUAGCAUUAAGCCGUGAUAUUCUAGGCUACUGGUUUGCCAAUGAUGCGUUAUGCUACUUCUAUGGAUCUCUAACCAAUGCUUUAGCUAUUGUUGAAAUGCUAACUAUGGAAUUUAUGACAGUAGAACGCUAUCGUGCAGUGGCUAACUACAGGAACAGAAGCUUAACUAAAUCACAAGCCUCCAUUGGGAUCGUUGUGAUCUGGCUGGUUGGCAUUUCUAUCGUUUUACCCUCUGUGAUAUCACCAGUUUUUCGUGAUCUUCAGACUACAAUUUUUUGUACGUACAGAUUUCAUUCUUAUGAGCUACACAAUUUAAUAUAUACAAGUAUAUUAUUGAUGAUUGUAUAUUUGAUACCAUUUGCAAUUAUCAUGCUAUUAUACAGUUGUUUAGCUUAUAAUCUACGACAUCAUAAUAUAGAAGUCCGUGAACGAUUAGGAGAGGCUGCUGUUAAAAAUAAUCGCAAAGUUACAAACAUCUUAUGGAUACUUUCAGGAUCAUUUUUCUUAUGUUGGCUACCAAUUUUUAUUUGUGUGAUAUUAAUUGCUUUUUCAACGGCCUAUAUCCGGAAAAAUUUUUGUACUUUUCGAGCUUUCUUCAUUAUUGCUCAUCUGUUAGGUUAUGUUUAUGGUGUUGUUAAUCCAUUAGUCUUAGUUACGUUAAGUGAUGCCUAUAAAAAU